GAUCAGCUGUGGGCUGGUUAAAGUUGUGUCUAUAAAUAUGAAAGUGUUCAUUUGGAUCCAAACCAAAAGGGGGAGCACUUUCCCCACAGCCCCCAACCACAGGAGUGUUUAUCCAGAAGAAGAAGAAGCUGCAGCAUCAAACACAAACAGCCUGAGUUGGAAAGAAUGCCUUUCCACUUCUGCCCCCAGUGUGGGAUAAAGUUGCAGCCGGAUUUCCGAUUUUGUCCUUCAUGUGGGGAGAAGCUUCCUGGUAUUGUUGAUGAAUCUGGACCUGUGAGCCCGGUGACAUCUUUAAGUCUCUCUCCAGCCAAAAAGGUUGAAGCAGUAGUUAAAUCAUUCCCUGUUUCUCUAGCAAGUUGUCAGCCCACAAGAAGUACAGUUUUUUCUUCAGCACAUGGAUGUAACACCUCAUCUCUAGUUACGACUCGUCCUGCACUGCGGAAGCCACGAAACUCCCUUCGUCUGGAGAAGGAAGUUAAAUUCAACAUUAGCGAUGUCACGCCACCUGUGGUGCCCUCCGCUAUUUUCAAAGAUAAUGGUGAUGGAUUGGUUGGUACUCUACCCAAGCAGCAGUCUCCUCGACCUGGGAGGGGAAAGGCAAGAAGCUCCAACCCUGCUGAUCAGGCAGAAGAGGGAAAGAGUCCGAAUAAUAAAACAAGUAGAGCGGAGGAUGUAACAGUGCAGGGCCCUCCUGUGGCUGUCCUCCCCCCCUUUUCCUCCCCAAAGUCCCCAUUAAAAGGAAAAAACAAAUCUAAGAAAGCAAAGCAUGCGUCUGCUGUGGAGCCGCUGCAGGAAGGCGAAGAGGUGACGGACACAGCGGGAAAGAAGUGGAAGCUGGUGAAACUGCUGAGUCAGAACACCACAGAGCUCCUCUAUGAAGUUUUGCAAAUACAUUCACGAUCCAAUUCCAAGGAAUCAAAUCACAUCCUCAAGCUGGGCGCUAAAGAUGGCAGAAUCUUCACUGAGCAGAACUUUCUGCAGAGAGCUGCUAAACCUGCGUCUGUGGACAGGUGGAUCAAACAGAACAAGAUGGACUUCCUGGGGAUUCCUUCCUGUGUCGGCUUUGGUCCUCAUGCAGAAUCCUACAGGUUUCUGAUUUUCCCCAACAUGGGCCAGUCUCUCCUGUCCGUCAUGGAGGAAGAAGAUGAGCUGCUGUCGGAGAAAGCUGUCCUUCAGCUCGCCUGCAGAAUAUUAGAUGUGCUGCAGUAUAUCCAUUCAAAUGAGUACGUUCACGCUGACAUAAACGCAGAAAACAUUUACAUCAAACCAGGACAAAAAACACAGGUAUACCUGGUAGGAUACUGCCAUGCCUUCAGGUACUGUCCCGGCGGAAAACACGUGGAGUACCGGGAGGCCAGCCGAACGCCACAUGAGGGCAGCGUGGAGUUCAUCAGCCUGGACGCACAUAAAGGAGCAGCCCCGUCUCGACGCAGCGACCUGCAGUCUCUGGGCUACUGCAUGCUGCACUGGCACACAGGGACGCUGCCGUGGACUCAAAUCACUCAUCCGGACCAGGUGGCCACGCAGAAACAGAGGUACAUUGAGGAUGUCCCUGCUCUGUUGAGCCACUGCUUUGAGAAGAAGAAAGUUUCCAGUUCAUUUCAAGCGUACCUCACUAACGUGAUGACUCUGCAGUACACCGAGCAGCCGGACUACUCAGCACUGAAGGCCGGACUCAGCGCCGCGCUACUGCAGCUGGGUGGGGCACCAGACCAGCCUCUCAGUUUUUAGAGAAAUUGAAGAAAGAGGCGACUAUUUGGAAGAUUUUAAAUAUUUUUUUAUUAUGCUGUGUUUUACUUGUGAAUUAUUGCACUGAAGCCGAGUCUUUUACUGUUCAAUGUGUUCAUUCGUGCUAGGUGAAAGGGUUUUGAUUGGAUUUUUUUUGGGUGUGGUUUUUCAUAUUCAUAGCACAGUGUUUUAAACAAUGCAAGGUCAGCGUUAAUCUCAUUUCAAUGUUAGUGAUGCAAGUUUUCAAUAGUUGACGCAGAUUUGGGUUUUCUUGGAAUCUUGUCCCAGGGUUCCUCUUCUGCUAAACGUUUCCUCAAGAUGAGCCAACAGACGUAGAUCCACCCUUCCUUAUAUGUAGGCACAGUUUAUUUGCCUGUAUAAAAAGCAAUAUUGUAUUUAUAGCAGUGCCUUAGUGUCCUCUAUCAAAGAGCACAAGAAAGGCUCUGUAAUUCAUCCAGAAAUCUUGAGUUUAAGGCUUGUUAACAAAUAAAUUGUGUUUGAGUAAA